GAAAUCACUACUACUACAACUAGAGAUAAAAAUCGCUAUUCUGGGCAACACAACAAACCAUUAGGUUCACCAUGGCGACUUAUGCACAGGUACGUUUCGUUUCGAACGCAUCRCACUCGUGCUGCGCUAGGCGGCGUGAUGCUCGUUGUCGCCACACGGGCAUCUCUGUGAUUAUGUGUUCUCACACGCUGUUCUUUCCGGUUUUUGAUCGAUCGUGUGGUAUGUCAUGUUCGUCCCCCUCGUCGCCAUCAUCGUUGUCACACAGCAAGCGAAUUCGGGAAAGGACGCCGGAAGCAACGGCGGCGGUGGAAGCAACUCGUAUUCUUCGUCACACAACAACAACAACAAGUCCUCCGACGGUUCCAAAAAGGAGGAGUUUCGUAACUACUUGGAAAAAUCGGGGGUUUUGGAUACGCUGACGAAAGUUCUGGUGGGUCUGUACGAAGAACCGGAGCGGCCCAGCAAUGCGAUCGAGUACAUCAAGCGAUACCUGGGCGCCCCCAAAAACGUGGAUGUCAUAGCAUUGCAACGGGAAAACGAAGAGCUCCGGCGUCAACUCGCGGCUCUGUCAGAAAAAAAGGGCACAGAAACAAAGCAAACAACAGCCGACAACAAUAUUCGAUCGAAUCGGUCAAUAGCGUACUAGCCGGGUGCUCCGCGUGAAAGAAUGAUCCGGGAAAUCAAGGACAGAGACCAUG